GUGGGACACCAGAACCCUGCAGCCUCUGGCCAUGGCGGGACCCGAGUGGCAGUCCCUGGAGCAGAGCCUGGAAAAGCACCUGCCGCCUGAUGAUUUGGGCCAGGUGAAGCGAAUUCUCUAUGGCAAGCCGACUAGAACCCUGCAGCCUUUGGCCAUGGCGGGACCCGAGUGGCAGUCCCUGGAGCAGAGCCUGGAAAAGCACCUGCCGCCUGAUGAUUUGGGCCAGGUGAAGCGAAUUCUCUAUGGCAAGCCGACUAGGGAUCUCGAUCUCCCCAGACAAGCUUUAGAAGCCGCAGCACAAAGAAACUUUGAACUCAAGGGAUAUGCCUUCGGGGCAGCCAAGGAGCAGCAGAGAAGCCCCCGGAUAGUUCGCGUGGGGCUGGUUCAAAACAGAAUCCCGCUCCCCACUUCUGCACUUGUGGCAGAACAGGUCUCUGCCCUCCACGAACGCAUAGAGGCUAUUGCUGAGGUGGCCGCAAUGUGUGGAGUCAACGUCAUUUGUUUCCAGGAGGCAUGGAAUAUGCCCUUCGCUUUCUGUACACGAGAGAAACUUCCUUGGACAGAAUUUGCUGAGUCUGCGGAGGACGGGCUCACUACCAGGUUCUGCCAGAAGCUGGCAAAGAAGCAUAACAUGGUGGUGGUAUCUCCAAUAUUGGAACGAGACAGAGAGCACGGGGGAGUUCUGUGGAACACGGCUGUGGUGAUCUCCAAUUCAGGAGUGGUGAUGGGAAAGACCAGGAAGAACCACAUUCCCAGAGUGGGUGACUUCAAUGAGUCCACUUACUACAUGGAGGGAAACCUGGGCCACCCCGUGUUCCAGACCCAGUUUGGCAGGAUUGCAGUGAACAUUUGCUACGGGCGGCACCACCCCCUCAACUGGCUCAUGUAUAGCAUCAACGGAGCCGAGAUCAUUUUCAACCCCUCAGCCACCAUUGGAGAGCUCAGUGAGUCCAUGUGGCCAAUCGAAGCCAGAAACGCAGCCAUUGCUAAUCACUGCUUUACCUGUGCCAUUAACCGUGUGGGUCAGGAACACUACCCCAAUGAGUUUACCUCUGGAGAUGGAAAGAAAGCCCACCAUGACCUUGGUUACUUCUAUGGCUCGAGCUACGUGGCAGCUCCCGACGGCAGCCGGACCCCCGGCCUCUCGCGUAAUCAGGAUGGGCUGCUGGUCGCUGAGCUCAACCUCAAUCUCUGCCAGCAGAUUAAUGAUUUCUGGACUUUCAAGAUGACAGGCCGGUUGGAGAUGUAUGCCCGGGAGCUCACUGAAGCUGUCAAACCCAACUAUAGUCCCAACAUUGUGAAGGAAGGCCUGGUCCAAGCCCCCAGCUCAGGUUAGGUUCGAGGACGUCUCUGCCCCAGUGGAUGAGUUUUAAAUGUAUACAGGGGGUUUUCAUUACCCAGGCAGGAGGAGGGUAAAAUGGG